AUGAGGGCAGCACAAACGACGUUGAUUGGAAACGUGUUGUUCUUCCUGAUCGAUGCCGUACCUGCGACAGUCGAUCCGAUGGCAGAAGCACUGAGCAACAGCAGCAAAGCUACGCCCGAUAGAAGGGCAUUCCUCCUGUUGACUACCUGGAAAGGGCUUUGGCAGCGAGUGUACGAUGACGAUGUGAUUGAUGGCGGCGGCGAUCACCAUAGAUUUACUUGGUUUUGGUUGGUUAGUGCCGUCUCCAUCAUCGCUCUGCUGCAGCGCCGGUACGGCUCUUCGCAGCCUCUCUACCUAGCCGACAAUAAGCGCGCACAGUCCAUCCUGCUAGGUAUCGAUUCUUCGGCAGCGCCACUCUAUCUCCAUCCUCGAACGGCAGCAGCGAAUCCCGCGGCAGGCGAGUUUCGGAUGCUCACCUUUGUAGCAAAUGAUGGUGACGACGAAGUGAACCUAGCGACCGCGUUGAAGUCUAUUGCCAAGGAUCGCCGUUUUGAGGGUAAAUUUCGACUGUGGGUCGAUGCCCUCUACAUCAAUCAGGAAGACAAGGCUGAACGCGGUCAUCAAGUAGCAAAAAUGAAAGACAUCUACAACAUGGCCUGGGAUGUCAUAUCUUGGAUAGGAGAUGAAACAGACGAGAGUGCAAAGGCUUUCCAAUUGCUCAAGUUGGAAAGAGAUCCUGAACGGCUAGGCGCUGGUUGCUGGCCUGGGUUGCAGAACCUAGUAGAUCGGCCGUACUGGACUCGUCUUUGGAUUAUCCAGGAAGUUGUGAUGGGCUGCGUUGCGGUGACUAUUCGUGACAAAGUGUACGGAGUGCUGGCCAUGAUGGAUCCGGCCAUUACAGAGCGUAUCAACCCGGAUUACUUUAUCCAACCGAAGAAAGUUUUCACAAAUGUUGCAAUUGCAGUAUUCGAAACUUAUGGAAACCUGGAAUUACUUCGCGAAUGCAACAUUUGGGGUACAGAGGGAAGGCCCACAUGGGCACCUGAUUGGACUUGGCCUUUAAGGAAUCGAGACGGAAGAUUUCGCGAGGGUGCAUACCAGGCCAGCAGACUCAAAUCAAGUAACGCCAGAAUAGACCGAGAUAAUCUACGGCUCAGAUGUCAGGCGAUCGUGGUGGACACCCUGGAUGAAAUUGGUGGGAGAAGGAAGACGCGAUUCGAGUAUAUUCCACACUCGUUCAUCCAGGCUGAUAGCUCUUCCUCUAUCUACGGAGAUAUAGAGGCCACUAAAAAAGCGCUGGUGCAUGCACUGGCAGGGGAUAGUUCAUGGGCUGCACGCGACGACACUGAAGCUCGUAUGAGCAUCCUAUGCCUGCCAUCAACCUUCGAAAAGGGCCUACCUCAGUUUCAGGAAUCUGGAUGGCAAAACGCUAUGAGGAACCGGGGAUACUACUACUGA